AUGGAGCACUGGGAGGGAGUUGAUGGUGGGCACUGGGAGGUGAUCUCGGCUCUGAGGCAGAACGGCCUCCUGCAGGGUUUUGUGCAGGGAGCGGGGCAGCCUGCGGGUGCUGAGAUCAGUGAGGAGCUGCGGCGAGCCCAGGAGGAAUGGGAGGCUGUGGAAGAGAUCCAGUCAGGGCUGGGGGGAGCAUCGGCCAGCGCCUCGCCCCCGAUCUCCUUCAACGAAGCGCUGCAGUACUUCCAGACAGCCGACCUCUCCGAGUGCAGGAAGAAGGUCCAGGUGACGGUGCGCAGGCAAGGCCUGGCUGCUCUGGUUCAUUUCCUCUUUGGCCCUCCCCGGCUCCAGCCGCAGCUGCAGGGAGAGCGGGAGCUGGCUCUGGCCAUGGCGCAGUGUGGUUUGGAUGAUAACGAGAGGGUGCACAUGAGAAUCCUGCAGACCAUUUACAAGAAACUGACCUGCUCCAAGCUGGGCUGCCCACGCUACGGGGCGCACUGGGAGGAGCUUGGCUUCCAAGGUGUGGAUCCUGGGACGGACCUGCGUGGGACGGGCAUGCUGGGCCUGAUGCAGAUGCUCUACUUCGUCAUGGACGCUCAGACGCUGCCUCUUGCUCAAGAGAUUUUCAAGCUGUCCCAGCACGAAACCCAGAAUUUCCCCUUCUGCAUCAUGUCCGUGAAUAUCACCCGCAUUGUCAUCCAGGCCCUGAGGGAGGAAUGUCUCUCCAGGGAGUGCAACCGGCGUCAGCAGGUCAUCGCUGUGCUCAACGACCUGUACGCGGCCGCCUUCCUGCAGCUCUACCGCCUCUGGAAAUGGCAGCACAAGACCGUUGCUGACUCUGGCUUCCUCCUGAAGGAGCUGGAGUUCUCCACCAAAAAGAAGCCGAAGCAGCUCCUGAAGUCCCUGGAGGCCUACAUGAACCGUGGCCCUGCGGUGGGCGGCCUCCAGUGCCCAUCCUCUGCCUCCGGUGGCAGCCGGCCCCAUGAGGAGAUCAACUUCACUGGCAUCUGCGACCCACAGGUUGAGCUGGAAGGAGAAGCCCGGCUGAUCUGAAGGCAGGGAGAUGCACCACAGGGAGCUCUGCGAGCCCUGGGGGCUGAGGUGGUAGCCACAGUGCAGUAGGCAGUGGCCACUGCCCUGAGAAGGGUCUGGGACCGAGCUGAGGGGGUCAGGAGCCUGGGAUGCCACUGAGGGUAGAUUUUUUGCCCUAAAUCCACAGAAAAGUUGGCCCCAUCCUUCCCGGCCCUUGCCCCACAAGCAUCCCCGCUGCGGUGCUGGCGCUGCUGUGGGGUUGGCCCCUCUCCAGGUGGGAACCCCAUGGAGCGAAGGAGGAAAACAUGGAUUUUAUCAGCCACCAACCUCAGGCCGGGGUUUGUCUGUCUGUCCCCAGUCCGUGCUCCCGUCUGUGGGAAGGUUUAGUGAUGCUCCAGGUGGAGGUGGAGCGCAGUGACAGGGCUCCCCAAUGGAAUGGGGGCUCUGGAAGGUGUAACCCCCCCCAGCUUUGGGCUGGGGCACCUUCCCUGUGUCAGGUGUGGGGUAAGAACCGGGAGAGCAGCCCCUUUGCUGGGGCAGGGCAGGUUUGGGGACCCCCCGUGAGGUCCCCGGGGGUGUUACUGCUGUGUCAGCACCUACGGAUGUUAUUAAAAGGAGGAAAAAUUGCUUUUCUUGGUGUUAA